AUGAAGGUAAAUAUUUUUUUCUUACCUAAAAUUGUUAAAAGUCCAGUAAUUGUGCAGUUUUUUUGUAUAUUAGACUUCAAACGUAGCACAUGAACAUAUUCCUCAAUUGUUUUUAGUUAAAACCUAUUUAUAAACACGGCUAAUAUAAAACAUUAAUGUUUUAUUAUAAAACUUCAAUGUAUUUUAUUAUAACCCUUAACUUUAGGACUACAGCGAUCCUUUACCCGGCUCUUGGGGUCGCAGUGCUUCAUCUUAUCGUGAAGACCCAAGUUAUGGCAGGGAUUUGCGUGAAGUUGAUUAUAGACAGUCACGUGAUGAAUAUGAAACUAGACCUCGUUUGGACUACGACUACAGCAGAACCAGUCCACCAAGAACUCAAUCGUUCCGGGAAGAACGUGAUUAUAGUGAUAGAAAACGAGUAAGGGCUCUUUUUAACUAUUCUUGUGCUUUUAGGUACCUUUGAUUUAAUUCUUUGAAACAAGGUUUUUUAUGCUAUUGUUAUAGACCUAUGAUUCUGCUGGAAAAGAGCCUUCGUUCUACACGAAGAAGUUUCCACGAAUGGACGAUGGGCGUUUCAGCGCCGCUCAAGGAGGAUCUCAACUGUUACAAGAGGAAACCAGAAGAUGUUUGUCCGAAAUUAGCCAAGAAUUAGCUGUUAUUGAACAGUCGCCAGAAAUAAGAAGUUUGCCGCACACUCAUCGGAUUGUUAGAGAAGGUAUGUUAUUUGUCUUUUUUUAUUUAUGUUUAGGAACGACUCAAAUUUUUUUCGAAGUUUAAUAUAGUUUUGAUCAUUGAGGAAGAGUUAUAUUGUUGUGUUUUAGGCAAGGAUUACCUAAAUUUAUUCCGUAUAGGCUAAAAAGCGUAGAAAAGUUUUGGCAAGAGGGCUGUUAAUUAUAAUGCUAGAUAAAGCUGGAUUUAUAAUAUUUUUUGUUGUUUUAGAAGUUGAAAACAUUACCAGCAAUACAAAUGUGGACUGGUUGGACGUCGAAUCAGACAAGUUUAAUAUUAGAGUAUACAAGAGAGUGCUGUUACCUUCCAGUCGCAUUCCUGUAAGUUUAUAUUGCUUUAGGAAUCUUUCGCAUAGAAUUUUUGAUCUUAAAGGAUAUUGUUUUUGAUAAUGCCACAUCAAAAGCUUAUUUUUACUAUUUUAUGUUAAUAAGAAGAUACUAGUAUUAUUUGUGGUUUGUUUAAAACUAUAAAUAAAAUCGUAUUUAGGGCUCCAACGUAGUGGGAAAGAUUAUGGGCGCAGGCGGAAGCACCUUGAAGUUGAUCUGUACCAAGUAUAAGACCGCGAUCUCAGUUUGUGGAGCUGGGUCGAGAAAAGACCCCAAAGAUGAGGAACGUUUGUUGCAAACCGGUGAUCCUCAAUAUCAACAUCUGAACUUCCCUCUGCAUGCUGAAAUCACGACUACAGGUCCGCCACAUUUGGCCUACAGUAGAGUGGCUGAUGUGUUGACUAUUUUGCAUUUGUGCUGCACUACGGUAAGCUUUUGUGUGUGUUUGAUGUGUUUAGUUGUUAGCACUUUUAAACUAUGAAAUAUGCUGUUAUACAUGGCAGUAUUACUAUGAUAUGACAAUAUCUAGCGGUAAUAUCGCAUUAACAAUGUUUAAAAGGAGCUGCUUGACACGGGGAACGGACUGGGUCUAACUUUGAAGCCCAGUUCGUUUUUCAUUUCUAUGCAUGAGUACAAAAAGGUAUUGCCAUCAAGGUUAAAAUAAACAUUUAAAAAAUUGCACUGCAUUUUAAUAUUAAGUUUGCUUUCCCCAAUAUUUUUGAAGUAUAAUGUUUAUGCUAUAGAAGGUGACUUUCGCAAAACUUUAUAACAACAGCUUUUAAAGGCUUUUUGAAAUGCGAAAAUCAUUAAAGAUUGGUUAGAAAUAUAUUCAAGAAUUAAAAGAAUAGAAAACAAAGAAUUAAAACAAUAUGAAGGAUGAUUACCAUAGCCUAAAGACCAGAAGAUGGAAUAAUAAAUAUAAACUUUAUUAUAAACUAAAAAAGAGACACCAGCUUUCAGUAAUAUCGAAAAAGACACUAAAGAGUACCUAGAAAAAAAAGUUUUUACUAAAGAGAAAAGUAACGAUAUAACUUGGAGAAAGAAAUUUUUAUAAUACAAAUGACAAGAAAGAAAUUGAUUGAUUUUGAAUUUUUAACUUAAAACAACUUUAAAAAGCAAUAAAAGACUCAAAAAUGCUGUCACAUAAGCAAAACGAUGUGUUUAGCGGAGUGAUAUGUCAAUUGAUGCUAGAUUGAACUAUCAUUCUGCUCGGACAAAUCCGAAACAUGAGCUAGAGUGUAUAAAAGAAAGCUUCGGAUUUGCUUGCAAAACACUGGCAAAUUUUAUAUAAGAAACGAUAGAAAACUUACAAUUUUCAAAACCAAGAUGUAGAACAGAAGAAAAGAACAAAAAAAAUACCUGGAAAAGUAACAUAGAAGAAGGUUUAAGCUGCUGCUUUGUUUUUAGAAACCAAAAGAAAUUACGAAAAUGGAGAUUUUGCUACUAAAAGUUUAAAACAACUGUAAAGCGUCAUUACUAGAAGAUAAUUAAGAGAAGGAAUAAUGUUAAUGCGGUUGGUAAUGAUGACUUUCAAUGUCAAUACCAACUUUUUUUGACAAAAACAAGCUUACGAUGACUGUGAGGCAAAAAGCGAAUAAUGCAAUUAGCAAAGAAUUAAAAGAAACAUUAGUAAAAAAUAUAUAUGGACAUCGUGAAUAUAUUAGGUUCAUUAUGUGUGGCAUAGGGCGUAUUUUUUUGAAGUAUGAAUCUGAAAUUUUAAGCUUUUAUUUUCGUCAGAUUGAAAAUAAAGCUUAAAAAGUAUAUUUCUAUAAGGAUAUGCCACUGCCGUACAUUUUUUGAGCUAGUAAAAGUAUAUUUAUAAUGUCCAUAAAAUAAAAAAUCAAAUAUGAAAGAAUGAAAUUACAGGACGAGCCUUUUGAGUACAAUGGAAUUCGAUUCGAGUCGUACGGAAAGCGCCGUGAAAGUGACGGAAAAUACAAAUCAUAUAAAGGAGAUCACGAUGAUCGAUCCAGAGACAGAAGUACUCGCGGUACAAGACCAAGGCAAGAUUCGGAAAGUAGUCGUUCAAGACGGGACGAGCCGGAAUUCAGCCGUGAACGUUCCCGCGAUCGUGAUUCGGAUCGUGGCAGUACUGGAGGUCGGGGAUCGGGAAGAGGAGGUCGCGGUGGUCGAGGUCGGGGAGCGUCGCGUGGUGGAGGAUUUGUGCCUCGAGGAAAUGGCAGAGGACGCGGAGGAUUUGUUCCAAGAAGAUAA